UGGGUAGACAGCUCAAAAUAAACACUCAUAGUAUUGUAUUCUCUAAAGUUAUUUGUAGAAUUACAUAGAUACCUAGGUACCUACGCCCACUUAUAGAUAUCCCAUGAACAAUGCUUAAUAGAUAUUAGACAUGCCUUUCAGUUUAAGAACUACGGUAUUUAAAUAAAAUAUAAGUAUAGCUAUAAUAUAAUAAGUUAACAAGGCAAGUCACUUCGUUUUAAAAUACUUACAUCUAGCCUAAAGCCAAGCAAUUCAACUAUUGCAGAGGCGUACCAUUAUUUCGAGAAUUUGGCCAUUUUUAAGUCCUAACAAUGCGUUCACGAACGUGUCUCAGAUGGGAUCUUACCUAGGUAGUUAACUUAAAGGGUCCAUCGAAACCGCUUUUUCGUAUUGACAGGUAGAACCCAACCCUAGUCGCGUUAUUACGAUGCAUACUUUAACAUCUAGGUAGGUAAGCCAAGACACUUCUGUUGCCGAUCCACAUCUUGGGCCAACUUCACAUGCCUUUACACCGAGAGUCGGAGUCAACAGUGAACCAUUUCUUAUCGGCUUUCAAUUACGGAGUUCUCUGGCUCCUUGGGUCGUAGACUACCUCUUCUCAUCCAAGUAAUAACUAAGUUAAAUGGUGCUACCCCACCAAUACUACCUACUGAGCUACCUCUUUUCUUUCCUUCUUUUUUUUUUUCUUUUUUUUUUUUUCCUUUUCCUUUUUGGCAUCUAACCCCCUCGUAUUCGAAGAUGAUCAUGACUAGCCUCGACGGCAAAGUCUUUGCUAUUACUGGUGGUGCUAGUGGAAUCGGCCUCGCUACUACACAAAUUCUUUCCAAACAUGGGGGAAUUGUCUGUAUUGCCGAUAUAGAUCCGGUAGCCCUAGAGAAGGCUGAGAAAUAUUUCGCUCAUCUAAACACGCCUUUUACCGUUACCAAAGUAGAUAUCUCCAAGCGGGAGGAGGUCGAAUCUUGGAUAGACAGCAUCGUCCAGAAGUAUGGUAGACUCGAUGGCGCUGCUAACGUGGCGGGUAUCAUCGGCAAACAUCACGGCGUACGGGAAAUUGCAGACCUAGACGAUGACGAAUGGCACAAGAUUAUCGCAGUUAAUUUAACGGGGACCAUGUAUUGCUUGAGAGCCGAACUAAGGAAAAUUGUUGAUGGUGGUUCUAUUGUGAAUGUGUCAUCCAUACAUGGGCUCCAAGGUUUUGCUAAGCACGGUGCGUAUGAUGCCAGCAAGCACGGCGUCAUAGGCUUGACGAAAGCUGCAGCCAAAGAAAAUGGCGCUCGAGAGGUCCGAGUCAACGCGGUAGCUCCCGGAGCUAUAUUUACUCCGCUGAUGGAAAAGAGCUGGAAAAUCCACGAGCGACCACCUAAUGCACCAUACGAUGAUACAGCGGCUUUUAGGAGGCAGGGGACGGCAGAGGAAUGCGCCAAUGUCAUAGCCUUUCUCCUAGGUCCGGAUAGCAAGUACGUGAGCGGGAGCGUAUAUUCGGUUGACGGUGCCAUGUAGAUAGCAAUCGGG